AUGGCAGAAGGGAUUGACAAGAAUGUGGAGGAGCGUAUGGAAUUCUCCACCUCGAAAGAGGUGACUGUUGCUCCAACGUUUGAGGACAUGCAUCUGAAAGAAAACCUCCUGCGCGGAAUCUACGCCUACGGCUACGAAUCACCCUCGGCUGUCCAGUCUCGAGCCAUCGUUCAGAUCUGUAAGGGAAGAGACACCAUCGCUCAGGCGCAAUCGGGCACAGGCAAGACCGCCACCUUCUCAAUCAGUAUCCUCCAAGUCCUCGAGACCUCAGUGCGAGAAACACAAGCCCUUGUUCUUUCGCCGACCCGCGAAUUAGCCACUCAGAUCCAAAGCGUCAUUAUGGCCCUUGGUGAUUACAUGAAUGUCCAGUGUCACGCCUGUAUUGGUGGGACAAAUGUUGGGGAAGACAUUCGCAAGUUAGACUACGGACAACACGUGGUUUCCGGUACCCCUGGGCGUGUUGCAGACAUGAUUCGACGACGGAACCUACGGACCCGGCAUAUUAAGAUGCUUGUGUUGGAUGAGGCCGACGAACUCCUCAACCGUGGCUUUCGCGAGCAGAUUUACGACGUUUACCGAUAUCUCCCCCCUGCCACUCAAGUUGUCGUUGUCUCCGCCACUCUCCCAUACGAUGUCCUAGACAUGACCACGAAAUUCAUGACCGACCCUGUUCGUAUUCUGGUCAAACGUGACGAACUCACACUGGAAGGCCUGAAACAAUACUUCAUCGCCGUGGAGAAGGAGGACUGGAAAUUCGAUACUCUAUGUGACCUCUACGAUACGCUGACCAUCACUCAAGCCGUCAUCUUCUGUAACACACGACGCAAGGUAGACUGGCUUACUGACAAGAUGCGAGAGGCUAAUUUUACUGUCAGCAGCAUGCACGGUGAAAUGCCGCAGAAGGAGCGAGACAGCAUUAUGUCUGACUUCCGCCAAGGCAAUUCUCGCGUCUUGAUCAGUACUGAUGUCUGGGCACGCGGCAUCGAUGUCCAGCAAGUUAGCCUCGUCAUCAACUACGACCUCCCUUCGAAUCGAGAGAACUACAUUCACCGCAUCGGACGAAGUGGCAGAUUCGGCAGGAAAGGCGUUGCGAUCAACUUCGUCACGAGCGAUGACGUGAGAAUCCUGAGGGACAUUGAACUCUACUACUCGACGCAAAUUGAUGAGAUGCCGAUGAAUGUCGCCGAUCUCCUCGCCUAA